CAACAGCAUUCUUUCCUCGUGACGAUGUAUAUUUUUUUCACACAUCAUAUCCUCUGGAAAGGGCAAAAAAAUCAAAAGUCUGAAAUAGUUACGGUCAGUCUACUUUUAAUCUCGUUUGAAGACAAUAUCCACUUGUCGAAAUUAUUCGCUAGUUCAUAGAAUAACAACGACAAAUACAAGCAUUGCGUUCCCGAAAAGAAAAAAAAUGAUAAAAUACAAACAAAAUGUGAAAUCUGCUGUAACAAUAUUCACUAGAGGAAUAUAGCUUUGACAUAGUGCCCUGCCCCGUUCAGCACCGUUUAGUUCCAUUAUUUCUCAGUGGAAUGGAUCAAAUACGCCCUACCACCGUCCAAUUGCUGUCUACAUGACAGUUGCAAACACUCCGAAUGACGAUAAUUCAACGAAAAAAAGUUCAGUACAAGUCCAAAAAAACCAUCUGUUAAUUCAAUAAUAAAAACACAAAAAUGAGCGAUAUCUGCGCUGGACACGUCCGCACAUGAGUAGUCUGAAGCAUAGAAUAUCACCAUCAAGAAAAAAAUGCCAGCACCUCCACCGCCAAUUGAACCGCCACCUCCAAGUCCACACGAUGCAUCCUUGUGUCAGAGUAAUACAGUUUGUGAAUCUAAACAUUUUCCACCUUGGGAAAAAAUCACUUUGACAUCAGCUGAAGCGGAAAUUGAAAAAUUGAUAGCGAGGAAUGAAUUGAAAGAUGCAGAAGUUACGUACUUUUGCCAAGUUGCACCGAUUCUGCAGGAUGGACCACAAUGCGGACUUGUUGCACUGGCAAUGGCUUCUCAAGAAUAUACAAAACCAGUAUCAGUUGGACAACUCUUAGCAGAGGCACGAGUCAGAGGAUUUACUCAACACGGUGAAGUUUACAGUGUCGAUUUCAUGGCAACCCUUGCGGCUGAAUAUUUGCCAGACCAUAGGCCAGAUAUUCUCAUUGAUUUACAAACAUGUCCAGAUACAUUAACUCAUGCACUUGCCAAUGGCGCCAUGGUACUCAUUCCAUAUGACUCUGAUUUCAAUCAUGCACCUUGUUUAAAAAGAGGACACAAAGCACAUUGGACUUUACUCGUUGGAUUAAUAUCUUCGAGACAAGGAUAUUAUGUUUUGUCACGACAUGGAAAAUCACGGCAUCUAGCUUGUUGGCCACUUCGUGAUCUCAUUGAAAGUAAUGGAAAUUUAGAGGAAGAAGGAACAGCAAGACAUGCUGGUGGCUAUGUAAUUCCAAAGGGAGGUGUUGGUGGUCAUAGAGGGCUUCGAGGUCGAGCUCUUGCGCUACAUCCAUACAUAUGAAUACGAAAAGAAAAAUGAAAAAAGGCAAAAUCGUACUGCUUACAUAGAUAUUCAACGUAUCUGUGCCCGCCUCAAAGAUGCAUCUUCAAUUUGAUAAGCCAAAAAUUCAAUAAUAAUUAGCCAUAAUCAUCGCAAUUGAUAGUUAUAUUCAAUUAUUUGUUCAGAAUAGAGAGGAAUAUUGAAAUCUGCUGAUUUUCAACUCUGUGUUAAUGGCCCCUCUUGUUAAUGUUUAUCACGUUAUGUAUAUAUAUUUCAAGAUUUUUCAUCGAAUAUUUCAAUUUUUUUUCAAUCGAUGUGUCAGGUGUUGUGUUGAACACGGCAUUUACAUUAUAUUAUGUGGCCUCAUGAAUUCUCUUGAAUUGAAUUAAGUGAUGCAAGUAAUUUUCUGUGGAAUGUAUUCCCAAAGUCACGAGUUCACUGUGAUAUGAAGUAUGAGAAAAGUAACUUGAAUGUUUCCCGACAAAAUAAAAACAAUGAUGAGAAAUGUA